AUGUCUACUUCAUCCAUUUCAAUGAGCAAUAUGAAUGAAGAAAGUAAUCCAUACCACUUACAGAGUGGUGAUUCACGAGGCACAAUGCUGGUUUCGAAUGUCCUCACUGGGGAAAAUUAUCACACAUGGAGUAGAUCCAUGAUGAUGGCUUUGAAGGCGAAGAACAAGAUUGGGUUUGUAAAUGGAACAACUGUCAGACCAUCCUCAGCAGAUGCUUCGAAUGCUAUGUGGGAAAGAUCACUUCCUACUCCAGUUUCUGUUGUUCCAUCUAACAAUAAUUUACCUUUCCAUGAUAUAAAUCAAUUUCCACCCUUGAGAAAAUCAACUCGACAACACAAACAGCCUGGUUAUUUACAAGCUUAUCAUUGCAACUUAGCUACUUUUAAGUCUCAAUCAUCUACCAGGGAUCCUGUUAAUAUCUCAGGUAAUAAACAUAGCAUUUCUGAAGUACUUUCUUACUCCAGAUUAUCUGAAUCACACAAAGCAUUCUCCAUUGCUAUUUCUUCUGAUUUUGAACCUGUCUUUUUUCAUCAAGCUGUUCAGCAUGCUCCUUGGAGAGCUGCUAUGUCUGCAAAAUUGUCUGCACUUGAAAUGAAUAAAACCUGGGUUCUCACAACAUUACUACCUAAUAAAACUCCCAUAGGUUGUAAGUGGGUAUAUAAAAUCAAAUACAAUUCUGAUGGUUCAAUAGAAAGACAUAAGGCAAGACUUGUUGCUAAAGGUUAUACUCAAAUGGAAGGCUUGGAUUUUUUUGAGACAUUUUCACCUGUUGCAAAGAUGGUUACUGUGAGGUGUAUUUUAUCACUUGUUGCAAUACAUGAUUGGCAUCUCCAUCAUUUAGAUAUUAAUAAUGCAUUCCUAUAUGGGGAAUUAGAUGAGGAAGUUUAUAUGAAGCCUCCCCCAGGCUAUCUUAGUAAGGGAGACAAAAGAGGAUUUCGGUAUGUGGCAUCAGGCCCCAUGGUCAGGUCUUCAUACAAGGCUGGUGAAUUCUACAUCAAGUCCAUGAUUGAUGCAGAUCGCGCCUCUUCUUCUUCUUCUUCAUCUUCUUCCUCUUCAGUACUCUGA